AGCAGCACGGUACUAAAUAUUUCCUCAGGUAAUGUAGCUUUUUUUCUAGUUAAAGUGGAGAGAAUUGUAAAACAAAAAAAGCAUACCUAAAUUAAAAACUUAUUUUCUACAUGGACAUUUGGCAAUUGAUAUUGCCAAAUACUCUGAAAGGAACAACCUCUAUGUUUAAUGCCAUAAUUCUUAUACUUCUAAUCCAGAACACUGAUGAACUCUUCAAAGAUGAACUUAAAUCUGAAUCCCCACAGCAAUCUCUGGAUUGACCAGGUUGACCUAAGUCUAGAUGGUAAGAGUAACACUUUUUCAAGAAUAAACUGCUUUGAUCUCUUGUCCUCCUUCCCCACAGCUAGCAGGUUCUCUGGGCUCCUGAAUUUUUGGGAGGAAGACAUUUUGCAUUGCAGGAGAGAGAUGAGCAAAACUGCAAGGAAAGAAUGAGAAGGAAGAGAGAACUGUGAUGAUAAUGCAGAGCCCAGAAGCACCCCUGAUCGAAACAUCCACUUUCUUCAGAAGACAGAGCUGGCCACCAAGGGUUUGGGUGGCAGCAGCCCAGAGGGGCAGGGACAGCUCUGGGCACGUGGGCUGAACUGCUGCCCAAGUCACAGUUUUGGGACAGCCACAGCUGACCCCAGGAUGUUCCCAAGUAAGGGACAUGCCAAGGCAGGGACAGCAGCGCCCUGCACAGCCCUGAGCCCUGAUCGGGGUCUGGGGCUGAGCCUAGGAAGCCACCCAUUUGUGCUGAUAUGGGUUCAUGCCUGUAUAGAGGUAAUCUUCACGCCAUGAAAGCAGCCCAGUGUCUAGCUUCCAGAACCAACUUUCGUGUUUUUGUUGUUGCUGUUAAUUCUACUAUUCAAAUUGAAACUUAUGGACCUGAUUUAGUGCUGUUAGGAACCUUGCUGACAUUAUUAGUCACACCAGCACACAAAUGACAAGACUGAGUAAAGAAUCAGCUAUUGCACCAGUAAUUCUGCCUGUCUUUCCUAGGAAGAAUCUGUGUCACGUAUCCUGUGACACCAUCCUGUCAUGUAGCUUUGCUGGGGUCCUGGAUUACCCAACACUGUGCCAUCCGCCCCCAAUUUAAGGUGAAUAAAGUGAUGCUGGCUGACCAAUAAUUCAGCAUAUCAUCUCAGUGGCAGCAUUAAUGUUGGAUGGGGCUUUCUGCAACCUGAUCCAGCGGAGGAUAUCCCCACCCGUGACAGGGGUUUGGAACUAGAUGGUCUUUAAGGUCCUUUACAACCCAAACCAUUUUAUGAUCCUAUGAUUAAUGCCUUCACUAUUCAACAGAAAUAGUGGUAUAAUAUUAUAAGUGCAAAUUGCAUCUGAGCCUCAGUAAGACUUACUGGCCUUGCUUCUGAGCCUUACUAAAUCCGUACCAGGGCUUGGGAAAACCAACCUGAGCAAGGCUCUCUCCUGCAUUGGUCUGCUGGUGGGAAGAGACAUACGAGGAACCCCAGAAUCCACGAACUUCAACCAGCUCCUCCCCGACUCAGUCCUUCUCUGCUGUGUCCUGACGGUGCUGAGCAGGAGGAGCCUGGGGACUGGAGAUGCUCGGCAGAAGUGAUCGGUGCUGAUCGGUGCGCUGGGAGCUCAGUGCAGCUCUGAUGCAGUGGGUCCAAGGUGCAACAGAACAAGCGCAGCCGUUAAGGCUGACCUCCCAGACACAGCUCACCUCUUUGUCCCAGCAGCUGGCUUACAGCUCGCCUCUCAGAGCACACCUCAUCAGGCUUUAAGGACUCCAAGUGAUAAUGGUUCCACCGUCCCUGCUCAGGAACCAGCCCACCCAAUUACACUUUCUGCUAGGGUAAUUCAAAGCUGAGCAUUUCUAUUUCAGCCUCUACCUGCGGGAUCUUGUUAUGACUUCCUGAGCAAUACAGAAAUGCACUUCCACCGUCAGAUAUCUUUUUCAUGUGCAGAGGCUUGGAAACCCUGCUUAUACCUGCUGCAUGCACACCAGGCUGCAUCAGUUAACAAAUUAUUAAUCUAUAACAUGCUGAGUUCACAGCACAUCAUUCAAGGGGUGGGGUGUUUAAACUCAAAGCACUGACGUGCCCCGUUGGAUGGCUGGAUGCAGGGCGAGCGGGGCUGAGCCGUGGGACACUUGCCGGUGGCUCGUCCCAGUGGCUCAGGGACAGGGAGCACCCAGGCACAUUAGCUUGUGGUCGUGUUGUACAAUGAAAUUGUCGCCAAAAGGCUCCAGCUCUGUCUUUCUUUGAUAAAAAGGCAGCCAGAGAAUUGCCCUCUCCCACGAGCCCCAGCGCUCAGCCUAUGAGAUAAUACAGGCUGGCCUUUUCUUUGCAGCUGUAUUGUUUUAGUGCUUGGAAAAUAGCAGCAGGCUGAGCAAUGAGUCAUCUGUCACUAGAUGGGGUUAAAGUAAUUUCCGUUUUCUGUUGCCAUGGGGAAAUCAACGUCCUAAGAUUUGUCCUUUCUCCCACUCAAGCAUGUGGGAGUAGAAAGCCUGAAACCCAGCAGGGCUAAACAGUUUUUUAUUUUUUUUUGUUUUCCCCUUAUAAACAAACUUCCCUCCAUGGCCUUGCAGCUGUCAGUCUGUUCCCGGAAUCGUCCAGUUAACAAUGUCAUUCCCCUCGGAUUGCAAAAAAUCCAGAAGCAGAGUUUAAGUAAAUAUUUGACAUAAAUAUAGAAGCUGCUUCACUUCACUUAUGUCUCUGCUGCUCAUAAAGUUUUUACGUGUACAUUCAAGGGGGUUAUAACCUUGAUACUGCAGGAAUAAAAUAGUUUUUUUAAAAAAGUAAAUUCAAGUAGCAGAUCCCCAACAUCGAGAAUAGAGUGAAUAACAGAAACAGGAAAGAGGAAAUAGCAGUAAAUACCGUUCAGAAACCUCGCUAAUGUAUAGCUUAUAUGAGUAGCAGCACAGCAACAUCUAGUGUUGGUCAGGGAUAUAGCUGGAAGUUCUCGGCGUGCUCGUUAAUGGCACUUGGAUGAAAUCUGCACCCGGGCAAGCGGCUUUUCUCGGCCCACCGCAGCACCACGCAGCACAGCCUCAGCUCCACGCCGUCUCCUUCUGCCCCGUGUUUCCCAACAAGGCCCUUCGUCACGCUCCGGGUCCCUGCUUUCGUCCGCCCUGCAGAAGCGCGGUCAUCUGGUAAUGCUCUCCGUCUGCCCGGAUCUUUAGGAAAAUUACUGCGGUUCUAUUUAAAAGCCAACGCAAUAGACCUACAGGUUUAAAAGCAGUUCAGUGCAACGGUAAAACUGAAAUUUUAUCAUCUGAACUGAAAUUUUAACCAUCCGAACUGGGAUUAAGAGCGCAAUUCCCACCCGACAGCCAGUCACGUUACCGUAACGUAAAAACCGGGCCCAAUUAAACAUCACUGUCAAACGUAUAGAGAAACGAGCAUGCAAUGUAAGGUUGCAAUGCCAAGGCGACGUGCCAGAGCGCUGCAUUUUUUCUCUCCUGUAUUACCCUGGGAAUGCACAGAUCUGUGUUAGGCACAGCGUACGGCCACCUAUGGACAAACUGAGUGCGGGUCACUGGGAGUCUAGCGCUGUAGUGCAUGCAGACACUUCCUUACAUUUAAAAGGCACCUGACGCUCAAAGUUAAGUUCCUUGAUACUCAACUCUUUUUUAGACGCACAUUAUGGAAUAGCAUUAGUUUUGACAAGUUAAGUUUGGCUAAACUAAGUCUAGCUUCACAUUAGUUUAGCUUUUUAAAUUUAAUUAUUUUUAAUGGCUUUACAUUAAACUUGGGCAGUUUUUCUUCAUACAAGCAAGCCCAUAGAGGGGAAGGUCACUGUUGACUGUGUAAGUAAAAUCAUUUGUCUCCUUAGAUUACAGCUCCCAUUACACGGAUUCUGCUUCAUCUUCAGGAAAAUAACAUCCUUUGGGUUUUGUCAAAGAAAACAUUCAUGAAUGGCUGCUUUCCAAAUCCAGCUCUGUCUGGCAACACCCUGUGAACAGAUUUUUGCCACGUUUAAGUUCAUUACAUGAACUAAUUAGCAUGGCUGUGUAGGUGCGUGGAAUGCACUGGGGGAGAGGCAGAGUACAAGUAUACAAAAUGCUGUUAUAUAAUUUGUUAUGGGGACACACCUAUUGAAGACAGACCUGGAUCACUCUCAGUAUGCUUUUCAGUAGGAUUUUGGGAACGAGCAGUUGGGCAGGGGAAAACGAGGACAUUUGAGCAGAGGAAAGGUCGAAUGGCACCUUCUUUUUGUAACUUAAAAGUAAAAUUAUUUUUUUUCUACACUCACGUCUGUUGCUUAUAUCUCCAGAUAAAACAAUUCGUGAAAAAGUCAAUGACUCAAAGCAAGGACCGCAUACGCGUCAGCUCCACUCUGAAACGCAUUCCCUAACGAAGAAAGAAGUACAACUUCGCACUAAUGGCGAGCAAAUACGGAUUGUUAGCCGUUCUGACCAUGAGAAAGGCAUUAGGGUGUCUAUUGGAAACACUCAGGCAGAACAGGGAUCAGAGCUCUGCUUCAUGUUAUUAAGACAUUCACACCGCCCUAACCAAAUUAAAUGGAGAGCUAAGUCCCAUAAAGCUAUUAGGCUCUCUUUCUUCCUUCUGCAUGCAUGAAAUUACAUUUUAAAGCUACGUGUGAUCUUUCAGAGCCUCUAAAGAGGUCAGGCACUAGGCACAUCUGGCACACCGAUAUUUUCAUUCAGGAACAUGAAGUCAUCCUCCAAGUUGCAUUCCUGAGUCAGUAACGUGUAAUUUUCCACAUGUCACUUAACUGACUUGCACAUUGAACAGAGAUUAAUAUUAAUUUAGUAGAAGCUUGCGCAUAUUUAACAGAAUUGAGAGCCCUGCUAACUGUGUUUUAAUUAAAGUAGAAGGGGAAUAAUGUUUGAUAGAGAGGGUCAGUGUUACUUGAAUAAACACGCUGCCCACAGCCCGGCACGCUAUGCCAUAAAUCAGUUCACCAGCAGGGUGAAUUAGGUAUUGUGGGAUCUUCAGAGGCAUAAAUUCAACGGUAAAGUCACCACUUGCUAAAAUUGCCACUCUGCCUGCCCCCACUGUCCGGAGGGGACACUGACACCCCGGUGGCCUGAGGAGCCACCAGCACGCCUGCAGGGUGCCAGCAGGCUUACCCCAGGUGCGAGCAGCUCAUCCGAGUCCCCUUGUAGCUCCUUUGGGGGAAGCAGGGACGUGCCCCGGGGCACGUGGUGGUACCCCAUGCCACCCCACCUGGUGGCAGCGCUCCAGAGGGGCCACAGGUCUGGAAGGAGCGUGCUGGGUAUCAGCAGAGUGCCUUGGGGACUGUGUGCGAUAAAGUACACAGCACAACUGCUUUGGCUCUUGCAAUCAAAACAUUUGCUGUUGCAGGUAGGGAGAAACAGGAUUCCUGUGUGAUGAGCGCUGGGAGGCACCCGCUGCUAGUCCCUCUGAAAUAAAAGGCCUUCCUGCCACCAGGAGCAGAUCCUCGGCCUCAAAACGUCCCUGCUACAAACACAUUAACUCCAAAAUAACUCCCCCUGGGAAGAAGGCGGUCCUGCUCAGGAGGUAGCCAUGUCCUGCGGAUGCUCCUGGCACCGAGGGUGCUGGUUUCACGCUGGCUGUGACGGGCAGGUUCAGGGCUGGCAAUCAGCACCCUCGCUGCUGGCAGCAGGUUUCUGGCUCUCUGUGCUGCGAAGUGGUCUGUCCUCCUGGGAAGGCAGGUGAAGGAGGAAUUCAGAAAUCCCAGGAUGGGCUUUCUGCAGCCGAAAGCAAAGGGCAGUAACUCAGAUUAAAUAAAAAAAUGAUUUUAAAAAAAUCACAUAUUCCUGGGGGUGAAGGAGCCUUCUUUAAUACACUGCAAUACCGCCUGUUUCUGUAGGAACAUCUGAAGAUAAACAGCAUAGUGCUUUCUGGUGCCAGGUAAACAGCUCUCACAUGCCAUGGCUACAGUCUCUAAGGAGCUUCUGUUUAUUAGGAAACGUCCUUGCCUUGGCUUCAGCUACAAACCCUUGCUGUGAAUCCGGCAGGCAGAGGCUCACAAUGACAGUGAAGAGCCUGUACGAAGUUACCAGAGGGAUACUUAUUACCUUUGGGAUUAUAAGCAUUUUUUCUGGAAUUUUAGCUUUUUUGCCCGUUUUUUCUUAUAAGUCUUUGUUUGUUGCAUGGAGUGUUUGCCUCACCAGUCCCAUGUGGAAAGGAGCUUUGGUAGGCAGAACAAAAGCUUUAUCAAAGAUGUCAGUGAUGCUACAGAGACUUAAAAAAAUCAGCUAUCGUGCCAGAAUGGAAAUCAAACUGCAGGACAAUAUUGCUCAAGGUCCUGGAUCCACGUUGAUACUCUGCUACAUCGCACCAGAACCUCCAGCCCUGAGCGUGCUGUUCUCCCUGUUCUCUGAUAAAGUGCUUUUGUCUCCAUUUCAGUGGGAGGCCAGUUUUGCCUUGGGCACACUGAGCACCACGGGCACCUCAGUGCAAUUUGCUGUUGCCAUCCCAUCUCUCCUCCUUGGCCCGUACUGCUACUACUCCCUUGCUGGGAUCACUGGGACCAACUACCUGGGCGACGCACUCCUGGUCCCAUUCCCCUACACAGACUUCCCAAAUUUUCGCAAAGACCCAGCGCGCUCUGAGUGGUACCACCUGGCCCUGCAGGUCCUAGACCUGUGCUUGAGUCCGGCCGUAUUCUGCGCUUCUUCGGCUGUUGUGAUCAAGCUCACGAUGAGACUGCUCCAGCUGGGACACUGAAAUAUGAGCAUGAGCUGCGAUGGGGAAGGGGGAUUGUCCCCAUAAAGCUGUAAUACAGCCCGGAGGGUGACGUGGAUGUGCAAGGACAGAUCCUGAACCCAUUUGCACCACAUCUGCACUUUAGUACCUGCCCUGAAACCACAUGCGUCAUUCCCAGUUUAAAUCACCUUAUGAAAUAGCAAUUUGGCCCUUUUUACCCUUUUCAUCCCAGCAUCGUUCCAAAUAAAGGGACACGACUGUAGCAUACCUAGCUAGGGCCUCUGAUUUUAAGGGCUGAUCAAAACUUCAUGGAAGCUAGUUUGCUUUUGACAUUAAAGGAAGCAGAACCUGAAGAUGUGCCUUUCUGCUCUUCCUUACAACUGAACGCUGCAGUGGCGUUAACACACGGAGCAGACAGCCCCAGUACCUGUGUGGCAGACGAGGUGCCCAAGCCUGUCACCGCUCAGCAUGCAUUGAGCUGAAGGCAGCAGCAUCCUGACAGCCAUGGUGGGAGGAUGAGAGGUGACGGGAGGAGUGGUACCAGGAGGGACAGGCGUUCGGGUGACCCCGAGGAGAGCCAGGACCCACCACCACACUCCUGCCAUGAGACAGCAUCGAUCUCCUCCGCCCCAUGCAGCUGCAGGACUCGCUGCUGGCUCAGACAUUGACAUGUGUUUCUCUGCUAAGGAAGAUCUCACCUUUCACACCUCCAGUCCCUUGUUUUUUUUUCCCCUUUAACCUUUGUUGGGAGCCAGUCUCCAGCCCGCUAAAAUAACAGUGUUUCCAUACCAACAGCCCAGAAUUGGGCUCCUCUGGGGCACUUGAAGAGGCUGCUGUCAGAACAUAUCCAGCGCUUCUUCCCGCUCCAGCUUUGCGCCCCUCAGCCUCUUCCCAUCCGUUCCCCCACAAACCUCGGGGCACAGCUGUGUUGUCUGUAGGUGCCACCCUUAACAUCGAUAGGUGCUGUAGGCACCCGUCAAGCAGUCGGUCAGUGCCCCAGCGAUGCCCGAGCCGGGCACACAGCAGCCGGGACACCAGUCUGUGGGGGCAGCGGAAAGGCCGGAGGUGUCUGUCUGAAGGACUGGACAGCUGUUGGAUUUUGUAAUCCCAUCAGCUUUAUUAAUAAUAUUCAUAAUGCUCAUGCCCUCCCUGGUAUUUUACAGGCAGCAUGAAGCGAUCCUUUGUUAUUAACACAGGCACUGCUUUGCUCCCAAUCCACAGCAUUUCUCCGCCCGCCCUCCCCGCAUUUCCACCACCCCUGCACCCCGUUGGCAAAGCCCUGCGACUGCUGAACUCUCCGGUCCCAGCCCGGCAAAACCCUAAAGCUUUGGCCUCACCCAGCCCAGAAGCACCCCCAGGCACCCCCUCCUCGAGCAGGGCAGGAUAUUUGCCAUAUUUGCCCUUUGCAGAGCCAGGCCCAGCGCUGCCUCCUGCGGGCAGCACGGCCCAUACCUUGCCCCGAGACUGCCUCCAGCUGACCACCCCAUUGAUCUGCCGCUCUUGAGGCCCUUCCAAAACCCCAUCCCUCCCCUGCAGCACUUCUGUCUGCCCUCAGACAAAGAUUUAUGAGUGUUACCCACAGAUGUGGCUGCAGAAGCAGUCCAAAAGAGUUUGUUGCAGUGCCACAAGCAACGCUCCUCCAGGCCCGGUCCUUGCUAAGUCGCUCCGAGCAGGACACGACCGCAGAGCGAGCUCCGAAGCGAGACCUGGGGAGGCAGCGUGGAUGCCUGCCAACCUGACAAUGGGGUUUCAUUUAACGAGCACGGAUUUAAGUGUGGAAAUCAAAUAUGAAACAGUCGUAGCCAGCAUUGUCUGCAUUCUUGGAGUGGCACUGAACUAGCAGUGAGAAAAGAACCGAGACGCUGGCCCAGACAUGCUCCAGCUGUCUGAGCCUACCUCUGCCCUCCUCCGCUGAAUGCAGCCAUUCAGCUUGUUUUCAUUUCAUUAUUGGAUGUUAUUUUUGCA